AUGAUCGCCGGCUGCCUGACGAUCUUUACCACCCGGCUUCGGUGGUACUGGAGCGAGCUCCACGCUGCUGAGUCGGGGUCUGACUCUGCCCAUAGGAGCGGUGAAGGCGAUGGCCUGAUCGGGACGGGGCAGAAGCCCCCUCCCGAUGAGUGCCUGAGGCCUCUCCCGCAGACCUUACAACGGGUGGAUCGGCCGAAUAACAACAUCGAUAACUGGAUCCGCGACUACAAGUCGAUCUACGCUGAUGUCUCGAACUUGCGUUGUUGCGUGCAACGCGAUUACUCUGACAUCACGGGCAAAGCAGCUUCAGCUGUCAUCGCUUCCGUACGCCCCCCCGUCGCCGGUGGGAGAAUUCAACUCGGUGAGAAUGAGCUGAAUAUCCGCCUAAUCACCGGAGACAUGAUGUGCCUUGAGAUGCUCCCGCUAGUUGAAAUCACGAACCCCAACGACGCCCCGGGCGAAGAAGAUUCAGAUUUCGUCCCAUACGUCAUCUCCGAAGCCGAAGUGAAGUGUUUCAAUAGAGCUGGAUUGGAUGAUGUCUAA